ACAGCUGCGUUUUGGCCGCUUUUGCUUCUCUUCUCUUCUUGUUGGUCUGCGAUUUCUUCAUCUCUUCUUCACCCCCACCCCCCAUACACAUCCAUUAUUCCCAUUUAUAUAUAUAUAUAAUCGUGUUUAUAACACUCUGACAGAGAGAGAGAGAGAGAGAGAGACAAAGAGAGAGCAGAGGAUUGGACAAAGAGCAGCAGCACCAGCUUCUUCUCUAUAUAUAUGAUUUCGUCUUCUUUGUUUCAGAAGCCUCAUGAUUGCCUUUUGCAGUCCAAACUUGAGUUUUGCAUGCUGAGAGGAGAUCGGUGAGAUGUUUGUGUUGAUUUCUUCGUUGAAAGUGAAGUUGCUUUCAAUUCAAAUCAAUUUUAGUCCUACAAGUCCGAUUUUAUUGGCGGGAGAUUCGAGGAAAAGCCUUUCCCCGAUACCCAAUUGAGGUGCUGCUUCGAUUCAUUAUAUUAGUGUAUGUAUAUAUGCACGAAGACUACUGAUAUUGACGAGAAAACAGAGCUUUGUUGCUCCGUAAAGGCCCUGUUCCUGAGAGAUUUACUGAAUGAGAAAUGGCUUGUAAUCCAUCGGAAAUGCAAGAGCCGAGCAUCGACACUGAUAAGCUGAGCUACGAGAUAUUCUCCAUCCUCGAGAGCAAGUUCCUCUUCGGCUACGACGACCAGAAGCUGUGGAUUCCCAAGCAAAUCUCGCCCGCAAUUGAACCCUCGGCCGCGGACAACGGCGUCCAAGCAAUCAAGAAUCAGAGGGGCAAAAUAUGCGUGCUCAGCAUUGAUAGCGGUGGAAUGCGAAACAUUCUGUCCGGAAAAGCCCUAGCCUACCUCGAAAACGCCCUCAGAACGAAAUCGGGGAAUCCAGAAGCCAGAAUCGCUGACUAUUUCGAUGUAGCGGCCGGCGCCGGCGUCGGAGGAAUUUUCACGGCGAUGCUCUUCGCCACCAAAGACCACCGCCGGCCUCUCUUCCAGGCGGAGGAGACGUGGCAGUUCUUGGCGGCAGAAGGCAAGAAGUUCUACCGUUCAUCAUCUUCAGCUUCAGGUUCCGGCGGUCGGCGAAUUAUUAAGCGGUUCCUCAAAGGCGGUUCGGGCAGCGCCACUAGUUCGGCCGCUGCCGGCCUCGAGAAAGCGAUGAAAGAGGCGUUUUCAGAGAGCUUGACGUUGAAGGACACGUUGAAGCCGGUUUUGAUACCCUGUUACGAUCUCUCUAGCUCGGCGUCGUUCGUGUUCUCUCGAGCCGACGCGCUAGAAUCCGACAGCUUCGACUUUCGGCUCUGGGAGGUCUGCCGGGCGACGGCGGCUGAACCGGCGGUGUUCGAACCUGUGCUAAUGCGGUCGGUGGACGGCCAGACUCGGUGUUUGGCGGUGGAAGGCGGUCUGGCGAUGAGCAAUCCGACGGCGACGGCGAUCACGCACGUGCUCCACAACAAGCAGGAGUUUCCGUUCGUGCGGGGAGUGGAGGACCUUUUGGUACUUUCACUGGGGACCGGUCAGGUCCUGGAAGGAACCUACGAGUAUGAAAAGGUCAAGCGGUGGAAGGCCAAAGACUGGGCUCAACCAAUGGCUCGCAUCUCCGGCGAUGGCUCCGCCGACUUGGUGGACCACGCCGUCGCCAUGGCCUUCGGUCAAAGCCGUAGCAGUAACUACGUCCGCAUCCAGGCAAAUGGAUCCAGCCUAGGAUGUUGUGGGCCAAAUGUUGUCUCAGACCCUAGUUCCAGCAAUGUAAAGAUGCUCAUGGGAAUAGGUGAUGAAAUGUUGAAACAAAAGAAUGUCGAAUCUGUCCUGUUCAGUGGUAAGAGGAUUGCAGAGCAGAGCAAUUUUGAGAAACUUGACUGGUUUGCUGAACAACUCAUGUUGGAGCAUCAAAGGAGGAGUUGCAGAAUAGCUCCCACCGUUGCAUUGAAGCAAGCUGCGCCUAGACAACCCACCUAAUUAACGAAGUCUGGACAGAAACUACUAGAAAUUAAGAACAAAAUGGUAUGCUUUCCGUUUUAAUAUUAUUUUGUCAUUCAUAUUUGUUGGUGUCGCCACAUAUUACAUGAUCCUUUUCACCCACCCACCCACACACACACACACACACACACACACA